UGUGUGCACAAAUGUGAAGCAGUCAAGUUGAGAGUGUUGUUGACUAAGUUCUUAAUGACUGUUUGUCUGUUUAUUGAAUUCAGAAAGCAAUAUUUCCAUCAAAUGAAGCUACAAUACGAUUGACCUGUGUUUACAUAUAUUGGGACUUAAAGUCGACAGAUUCUUCAUCACCAUGCUAAAUCCAUUUCAUAUCUUAAAGCAGUUUGGAAAUGGGGGGAAGUCUCAAGAUGCAACUGACCUUCUCUCAGAGGAUCUGGUUUUGGUGGAACAGCGUGUGGAGCCAGCCAGGAGAGCUGCCCAGAUCAUCCAUAAGAAGUUGGUUGGCUGCCUGCAGAGUCAGCAGGGACUGGACUCAGAGAGACGGAUGAAAAAGUUACCCCUCAUGAUGCUGUCUGUCAGUAUGGCUGAGAGUUUUAAAGAUUUUGAUGGUGAAUCUUCUAUUAGAAAAGUUCUGGAAAUGUGCUGCUUCAUGCAAAAUUUUCUGGCGCAGACUUUGGCUGACUUUGAGAUGAAGUUGGAGAAAGAAGUUCUAGUGCCUCUUAAUAAGCUCAGUGAGGAAGACCUCCCAGAGAUCUUGAAAAACAAGAAACAGUUUGCUAAACUUACAACAGACUGGAAUAAUGCUCGUACAAGAUCUCAAACCAGCACAGGUCCACAGGCCAAGCAGGACGGCCUAAGAGAAGAUUUAGAGGAGGCUUGGAGGAGACUUGAGUCCAUCAAGGAUCAGUACUCUGCAGACCUCUAUCAUUUUGCCACUAAAGAGGAUGAGUAUGCCAGCUACUUCAUUCGUUUACUAGAUUUCCAAGCUGAAUAUCACAAGGCCUCAUAUGAAUUCCUGGAGAAAAAUAUAACCGAGCUCAAAGAGAGCCACAGCAACACAGAACUCCAAGUGACUACAUCACAAAAUAAGGUAUUUGGAGAGCCUCUGCUGUCUCACCUUCAGAGAUGUGGGCGAAAGAUUGCUGUACCCAUUGAGGAGUGUGUAAGCAUGCUGCUUCGUACAGGACUCAGAGAAGAGGGGUUGUUCAGAUUAGCAGCAGCUGCAUCUGUUGUGAAAAAACUGAAGAGCUGUCUGGAUUCGGGGGCAGUCAACCAAAAUGAGUUCAGCUCUGAACCGCAUGCUGUGGCAGGAGCGCUUAAGUGUUACUUGAGAGAGUUGCCUGAACCUCUCAUGACAUUUGAACUAUAUAAUGACUGGUUAAAAGCUGCAGGAGAAAAAGAGACAGAUGAAAAACUGAAACAGCUGCGGAUGGCGUUGCAAAAACUUCCCAGAGAUAACUACAAUAACCUUAGGUACCUUGUGCAAUUUAUGUCACACUUGUCAGAGCAGCAAGCAGUGAAUAAGAUGACACCCAGUAACAUUGCCAUAGUACUUGGGCCUAAUCUACUGUGGCCUCGCUGUGAGGGAGAGACUUCCUUGCUGGACAUGGCAUCUGCUUCUUCAGUACAAGUUGUGACUAUCAUAGAGCCACUUAUACAGUAUUCCAAAAGCCUCUUCCCUGAAGAAGCUGAUUUUGAGAUGCCAGAGCCACCUGCAAGCCCAGAUUUGAAAGAUCUGAUCCCGACAAUAUCCCAGAGAUCUCUUUCUGACAGCGUCUUUACACCUUCCCUCUCAAAAACUGACAGCUCAGCAUUAUCUGAGGACUUUGGGGCGACACUGGUUGUUAAAACUGCUCAGGUGAACCGUGAUGCUAUUAUGCGGUACAACAAUGUUUCUGAUCCAGUAGCUCUCCCACCUACUCAGAAUCACAUCCCCACUCCUCUUCCUCGUUACACUCCUGUUUACGCCCAGUCCCAUAGCCAAAACCAGGCUAAGACUCUGUGCUCCAGCCAAUCAGAGCCUACUCAGGAGUUUCCUUCACUGUCCCAGGAGCCCACAUUGAAGAUCACUGGUCCUUAUAAACCAAGGAGGUCCUUCAUUCUGCACAAGUCACCAAACCUCUGCAAAGGCCCUCCUGUGAGCCAGGCAGGAGCUUUCCCCGUUCCCCUGCCUAGAGUCUCUGAGACACAACUACCACCUUCACCCAAGCCUGAAACCACCCAAGCUCCACUGCCACCAUUGCCUGAAGGAGGACCACCAAAGAAAACCCAAGGCAGAAGACCCAAAGUCCCUCCUCCCCAACCACCCCAAGCACUGAACAAGCAGCUCUCCUCCUCAGCACAAUGAGUCUUGCAAAGGAAAGUUAACGACUGGAAAAUGCACAUAAAACCCACUGUUUUUUUGUUUUUUUUGACAAUUAAGCUCAAUCUUAUAACAGUUUUUACUGCAUCCUUUGACUUAGGUGCAGUAUUUUCAGGUUAAUGCUUUUAACUAUGCAGUCUUUUUAAUAACCCUUUUUGUAACACCAGACUUGUAGUGUUUUAUUCAUCUGCUCUAGAGAUACAUAUUUUCUAAGGGCUGUCAUACACAAGUAAAGCUCAAUGAGCAGUCUCACUUCCUUUGGUCUGAUAUGUACUGACACACUUUACCUGAGCUAUUUAUGUAUAAGCCUUAGUGAAUGCUUAUUCUGAAGCACCAUAAUAGGCAAAUCAUGGUCACACGUUUUUUACGGCUGACGUGGUUUACGAAUACUUUUAAUGAAAACUUAGGUAACAUACAUUGCUAUUUUGUAAAUGUCUUGUGCAAAGCUGCACAUACAACAGUAUGUACAUAUUAUAUCAUGUGAUUAAAGGAAUGGAGAAGUCAACUCCUUUGUCAUAAUAAAACUUAAAUUUAAACAAAAAACGAAUACUGAAUCAUAUUUUAAUAGUACAUUGAUAAAAGUUGAUGGGGAUCAUUAAAUAUGUGGGAGUAUUGUGUUGAUCAGAAGAUAUUUAUCAUGUAAUAAAGGUAGGAUAUGAGAAAUUAACAGACAUUUUGUUAUUUUUUAGUUUUGCUUUUGCUCACAGUCUUGUGCAUCACAGUGACCUGUAGGCUUUUGUCUUGUCUUUUAAAGAUUGCUUGUUUCUCAGGAAAUAAGUGUCUAAAAAUUAAACUGCCACACAAGUUCAUACUUAAUGGGAACCUGUGCAAUUAAAACUACACAAAUACGCUAAAAAAAUGCUUCCUUUCUGUGUAAAAACUGUAGUUAAAGU